AAUCAAAGUCCACGACAGAGAAUCCAGGCUUGUUCUCUAAUCUAUUCAUUUGAGAUAAUCGCUGACAUCCAUGAUUGUGUUGGUUUCGCGUUCCUAUAGAAUUAUGUAUAUGGAUACUUUUUGUUGUAUGGAGAUUCAUGAACCUAAUAUAGAAUUAUGUAUAUGGAUACUUUUUGUUGUAUGGAGAUUCAUGAACCUAAUAUAAAAUACGAGACUGAAAAAAUGGUAGGGACACAAGAAAGCGUUAUUUAUUAAAAAAAAAAAGGACAUGAGAAAAGCAAGCGUAGGGAAUAGUACUUGAGCCGAAAUGCGUUAUGGUUUGGAUGAGAGAGGAGUGUCGAUAUCCCGAGCCCCAUUUUCCUCAGUAUUAUAUGUGAACUAGAUCUAGUUCAAACACGACUAAAGGGCAGGUGUAACAUCACCAGAAAGUGUUCUAGCCAGCUUUGUCGAAUCUAGUAUGUCUAGAUUUGUAAACUGUGCGUGCUGUAAAAUACCGGAAUAAAAUGUAAUGAUUCCACAAUACGUUGAUCGCAACUAAUCGGUUGAGAAAGAAAAAGGCAUUAUGUUGAGGGAAAUCUGCCAUAAAUCCUGCAAUUAGGGAAAUCAAAGUGCUUCUUGUUGCUUGUCGAUGUUGUCAUCAUCAUUUCUAAGGAGCCUGACUUAGGAGCAUAAUAAUUUCCAAUAAUUAUAUCUACACACACACACGUGUAUAUAUAUAUGGUUAUGUGUAUAGUGCCUAUUGUUCCUAGCUAGUAGGAAAUUUUCUCCAGAAUCAAAAUGCUUCCAAAACUAAUAUUGUCCCUGCUGCUUUCACCUCUCCAAUAUUGCCUUCUGACAGUGGCCUCGGAUCCUGAUCCAGUCCAAGACUACUGCAUCCCAAAUCCCAGAUUCAAUCCCAACAUCAUAAGGACACACAAGCUGUUAUCAUCCAUUCUCCCUUGUAAGAAUGCCUCCGAGGUCACUGCCCACGACUUCGUCUUCUCCGGCAUGAAGAACUUUGUCCCGAACUUCUCUGACACGGGCCUUUCCACCAUCUCUGUCAGCCCGACGCUCUUCCCAGGCCUCAACACGCUUGGGAUGUCCUUCUCCCGGGCUGAGCUCGAUGUGGGCGGGAUCAACCCGCCCCAUUUCCACCCCCGGGCCACCGAGAUAGCCUUCCUGGUCAAGGGAAGCAUCUACUCGGGCUUUGUGGACUCAAGUAACAGGGUGUUCGCGAAAGUGAUCCAAGCUGGGGAAGUCACGGUCUAUCCCAGAGGGUUGGUGCACUUCCAGAUGAAUGUUGGGGACAAGCCCGCGAUGAUCUUCGGUAGCUUCAAUAGUCAGAAUCCCGGGAUACAGAAGAUCCCAGCUGCGGUUUUUGGUUCCGGGAUAGAGGAAGAGCUGCUGGAGAAGGCUUUUGGGAUGAGUUCUAGGCAGAUUGGGUUGAUGAGGAAGAGGUUUGAACCCAAGAAGGCAAAGUAAAGAGAACUUUUCCAUCCGAGUCGCAACUUCUCGUGAUUAUCUAUAGAUCCAUCCAGUGAAUGCGAUCAUGAAUUGUUGUUCAAAUGUAUUAAGGAUCCGCAAAUCUGAAUUUUAUAGAAUUCAUUCCAAUAAGUUGUUUUCA